AAAGGAAGACAACAACCAUGCUGCAUUUACUAGGUGUCAAUUUGCCUGACAGAAAGCUAGUGAGCACUGCUUUGCAAUAUUUUUACGGCAUUGGACCAACUAGCUCUAGCAAGAUAUGUGAUCAACUUUCCAUUCACAAACAAUGCAAACUGGCCGAAUUAUCGGAAGCACAAAUCAACUCUUUGUCUAACGUAUUGGCGAAUAUGAACAUUGAAACCGAUCUUAAGCGAGAAGUGCGCGACCAUGUCAUGCACCAUCGUAGCAUCAACACCUACGCUGGACGUCGCCAUGCUAUGAGCUUACCAGUUCGUGGUCAAAGAACGCGGAACAACGCAAAGACCGCUAAAAAGUUGAAUGGAAGAUGGGUUCAAAGAAGAAUGUUCAGCUCAUUAUCAACUGAAUCAUUCCCUAGUGUUCAAUCCCCUUUGGAACGUUUCUUCAAUACCAAAUUUUUCUAGACGUUUUGUAGUGUAUCAAUAAAUAUAUAGACGCGUUUGUACAGUCCA